AUGGCUCAGCCAAGCGUCAGUGACGACCAGGUGGAAGAGUUCGCGACGCUGCGAUGCAACUUUCCAGUGAACAAGCAGCAGACCUGCGGUGCAAUCAUAAAGGAGGGCGUCUUCCUCCGCUGCCGGCACCUCCUGUGUAAGGAGCACGCGCAAGAGUGGUUCCUGGCUUCGGACGAGUGUCCCGUGUGCCGCGAUGGGAUUUGUGCAAAGCGGCGCCAUGUUGGCCGAGCUGAUGACAGGGAGCGGCUGAAGCUGCUCCAGGAGCUUCUUGUCACAUCCUCGCCGCUCGAAGUCCAGGAGGCGGCCGCCGUUGCAUUGGAGCUCUGGGAAGGCCAAAAGGCAGAGGAAUUCGGACGGGAGGUGGCGAGGGAACAGGAGCUGAUGACGCAUGUGAACCAGCUGAACCGCACUGUUCGUAGGCGCUUGACAGAGGCGGAGUCUGCGGUGAAAUCCCAGCUGGCCAAGACAGAAGAUCUGCGCCGAAAAGUCGCAGAG